AUGGUGCAGUUCGUUGUAAAAGUAUUAAUUUUAUUUCAAGCGAUUCUCAUUUGUAGUUCGCUAACCAACGAACAGUAUGAGAAACCUAAUACAAUGAUUAUAGAAACUGUUGGUCCAAUGAAAGAUGAAAACUUCAGUGGAGAAGAAUAUCAAGAUAUUAAUUUACAAUUAUGUCCUGAAAAAAUCGAAAAUAAUAACUUCGAGGAAGCCGUGUCGGAAGACCGAAACCGUCUUAGAGAUCUAUAUGCUGAAAAUAAUCUAAAUAUUGGAUAUAACAAUGUACAAAAGUACUUUAACUCACUGUACAAUAAUGAAAUAUAUGGGACGAAUUCACUAACAGAUGAGGAAGGAAAGGGGUGUUUUAUCAACUAUGAUAAUGUUCGCUACUUAAACCCACAAACUCAAAUAUUAGCGUCGUAUAACCGCAUUCCGCCAGUUCGAUUCCUACCUCCAGUGUAUCCAAGAAUCUUGGCUAAAAUACCAAGAUCACGAUGGACUAACGAUUUUAAUUAUUUGGAUUCAAUAACCAGGCCUCAAAGGACGUUUCAAGAAGACAAUCAACACUGGCAACAGUUCCAGCACGACUCUAUAGUGAAAAAUACCAUACCGAAAGUGCCUUAUCCAUAUUUUCAAGAUACUUUUAUUGAUUCGGUGACAGAGAAUCCUUUUUAUAAAACAGAUUUCACAUCAAAGUAUAGGUCGAAAUCCGGUGAUAGUGAUAUUCCCUUUAAUUUCAGAAGCCUAAAUAAAGAAAAGAAUGAUGAAGCGAAAAAAAUUUCAGAUUUAUAUUUCGAGGACUGUCCCCCUGGUGAUGUAAUGGGUAGAAAUCUACAAUGUAUACCACGACGAAGAGUUCACUUUAUUAAUUUAAGUCAUUGGGAAUACUACGGAGAAUAG